AUGUCAUAUGUAACAAGUUGGGGGGCUCACAAGAUAUUUGAAGGGCUAAAAUUGCAGCCAGACACACGCUACGCAAAAGUCCUAGAUGGGCACAAAGAACAACUACGCAUACUCUAUUAUGGUAACCGAUUUUUCGAUAUCGGCCUCUUUGUGGAUAUCAUAAUAGCCGAGUUUCUCCUUCGUGCAAUCGUUCAAGGACAAUCUCUAAAGAGCAAGCAACGUGACAAGGCCCAGCAUAAGCUUUACCUUGCCGAAACAAUGUUUCCUAUUGGGCCGAUCAAACAGUCCUAUGAGAGCCUACGACAAAAUACAACUUGGUAUCUUCGGAAAGAACUAGUCGAAGAUUGUGUGAAGAGAGGGGGCUGCUGUGGUCGAACCUGUGGGUGCUGUCAGAUCCACCACGAAGGAGCAGAAAGAACCAAGGGGGUUGGACACUGUACGCCUGCGUGCGGAUGUUGUUCGAUCGAACGAGGUUUCGAGUAUACUAAGGAAGAGAGACAAGGCUUCGUCGAUGAUUUUAAAAAGAAGAUGUACGACGAUAACCCGGCCUGUGUCAUCCAGAUGGCAGAAGCUUUCUUUUUACCGCCACCGGAGGAUAAACCCAAGGAGGAGAUGCCCCAGGAGGAGAGAACACAGUGCGAGGGUGCAAAAAAGCCGUGGUGGAAACGAAUGUCUGCGAAGGGUUGA